CAAUGGUAAUUAUGGCGAGAUACAGAUAAUAAAAUAUACCGGGCUAAUCGUCAUCUAUCAGUCGCUAUUACAAUUGUGUCUGUGACACGUGGUGCAACGCAUUCGUAUUUCGUCUGCAUUCGUCAUGGGAAGCGCGGACACCACGGUGAAGUUGCAGAAUGAUAAUUAUGAGAUUGACGAAUAUGGAACUAACCUAAAGAUUUUACCCUGCAACAACCAAGUGAAAGAGUUGCAAACCAUUUUGCGGGAUAAGAAUACUACAAGGAGUGAUUUCAAAUUCUACGCUGACCGUUUGAUCAGAUUAGUUAUUGAAGAGAGUUUGAAUCAAUUGCCUUUUACGAAAUGUGUGGUGACAACUCCAACUGGUGCCAAAUACAAAGGUUUAAAAUAUCAGAAGGGAAAUUGUGGUGUAUCUAUAGUAAGAAGUGGAGAAGCUAUGGAACAGGGUUUAAGAGACUGUUGUCGUAGUAUCAGAAUUGGUAAGAUAUUAGUAGAAAGUGAUAUGGAUACACACGAAGCUAGAGUAGUUUAUGCUAAAUUCCCUGAUGAUAUAUCUGAGAGAAAAGUCUUGUUGAUGUAUCCAAUAAUGAGUACAGGAAAUACUGUCAUAAAAGCCAUAGCUGUUCUAAAAGAACAUAAUGUACUUGAAGAAAAUAUUAUCCUGUCAAAUUUGUUUUGUACACCGAUUGCAGCCAAAUCUCUAGUCACUGCCUUUCCUAAGAUGAAGAUCUUAACGUCAGAGAUCCAUACUGUUGCACCAAAUCAUUUUGGACAAAAAUACUUUGGCUGUACUCGUGUUGUAAUGGAGACAUCAAAUAUACAAGAGAAAGAUAAUUGAGGAUAUAGUAUCGUUAGAGAUCUCAAUUGAACCUAUAUAUGAAAUAGCAAGUUUAAUUAUCUAUAUUACAGUAAACGUUAUAACUUGCGUAGAUCAAUCAGAUAAUGCAUUAUUUUUAAUUUGAG